AUGAACGACGCCGGCCGGCACAGCAUCCUCCAGGGCCGCUGGAGUUCGCGGGAAACCGGCUGUGCUCGUCCUCCAUCAACCGUCUUCAAGCCCCAGAUUAAACAACCGGGUUUUUUAUUUUGGAUAUACUAAAAUAGCGUCGACCGGUUUCAAACUGUUGCGGUUAAAAGCGGAGCAGUGACACAGCUUUAAAAAACAAACAAACCCUGCUGUCUCUGCCAUGGCUGCCAUGCUAACAUCCGACGACAGCUAGCUCGCUCGCUCGCUCGCUCGGUUGUCAUAUUGGGCUAAAAUACUGCUGACUACAAAGAGACAAAGGGCUGUCACUGUCAGGCACGGGAACACACCGACACAGAGAUAGAAAGAAGAAACAUGUUCAACCUGGAGCGUUUUCGUUUUGACAAGAAGUCAGCGACGACAGCGACAAACAAAGAGCAGGAUGGCGGCUCCAAAAGUCCAGAGUCUGAGAAGGAGAACAAGCCAGCUAAAAUGAAACCCGUCAAAGCCCCGCCAAAGUCCCACGCCAGAGGAGUGGUGUUCGAAGAAGUCCUGACUAUUGACCUGGAGGAGGACGAGCUCCUCUCCGAAACAAAGACCAAAAUAUCACUAACCAGGAAAUCCACGAACCACAAAGGGAAAUCCAACUCAAACGGCGAAGCGUAUCACACGGACGAGGAAGACGAUGAACAGGAGAAGAAAUCGAGCAGGCUGUUGGAGAUGUUUCCUCAGCUGACGAGGACGGACGUGAUGGAGGUCAUUGGGAGCACGGGCACGUUGGAUGGUGCUGUAGCCGCAUGCCUUUUGAAGUUUGGCGAUAAAGAAGGCAAAGGCAAGAAAAGAAAGCAGGACGGGUCCAGCAGUUCUCAGGACAGUGCUGAGACUCAACCCAGCAAGAAGAGGAGGCCGUCAGUGGUUUCUGAUGAAGAAGAUGACGAAGGCAAAGAGCCAAGCUGGGAGAAGCAGGAAGCCAUGGUCAGAAGACUGCAGAAAAAGUUUCCUGACCAGGACAAGGAGGAGCUGCGGAUGGUGCUGCACGAACACGACUGGAAUGUCGAGGACGCUCUGCAGGUUUUACAGAUGUUCUCAGACCCAGAUAAUACCAGCUUUAGCUCACCUGAGAGGGAAGAAAAGAAAUCCAGCAAAUCGAAGAGCAAAGACAAGUCGAACAGGGAUCACAGAGAGUCAAAGCACCACAAAGAUCACAGAGACAAUAAAAAAAGGAGAGCUCGUAGCGAGACAGAGGAGAGUGUAGAUGAAUCAGAUGCUUCAAAAGACAGUGAAGACUCCGACUCAGAAGAUGGUGAAGAUUCCAAAAAGAUAAAUCCUCUCUCUACAUGGCUUAAAAAAAGUUCAGAUUCAGUAUCCUCAUCCUCCUCUGUCAAGAAAACAACUACCUCUUCCUUCACAAAGCCGUCCUCCUCUACCUCUACUGCUCAGAUGCUGUCCAGGUUUGCCAGUGGGACCAGUAUAGCUAAAAAGCAGGCCGCCGAGAGCAAGAGGAAGGCACGCGCCUCAGAUGAACGCGUCAGCUCCGAGGGGGAAAGUGACAACGAAGAGGACACGGUUAGCAGCGAGUUUGAGGACUCUGACGAGGAGCUGUACUCUAAAGGUGGCAUGACGGAAAUGAAGAAGGAGAUUAUCACGUUCUUCCAGAAUGCGUCGAUAGAUGAGCUGUCGCUGAUCGCUUGGUGCUCUGUUAAAAAGGCCCAGAAGAUUGUGGAACUGAGACCCUAUGAUAGCUGGGAAAGCCUGAAAGAAGUCUUUCACAAGGACAAUGGGCUGUCUGAGGACUUACUGUCGGGCUGCAGAGUCGUCCUCAAAGAGCGGAAGGUUGUCCUGGGGCUCAUGUCCAAGUGUGAGACCAUUUCCUCAAAAAUGGUCAAACAGGUCACUGAGGUGAUGGAGAAGGGCACAGGAGCCAUGAAACAACCACGCAUACUCAACAGCCAGUUCCAGCUAAAGCCCUAUCAGCUGAUUGGCCUGAAGUGGCUGCUGCUUCUGCACGAGCACAAUCUGAGCGGUAUCCUCGCUGACGAAAUGGGUUUGGGGAAAACCAUCCAGGCUAUAGCAUUUUUGUCCGAGCUAUACCAGAAUGGAAUCGAAGGUCCUCACCUCAUCACUGUGCCGUCCUCCACACUGGAUAACUGGGUCAGAGAGCUGAAGGUGUGGUCUCCAAGCCUCAAAGUUCUAGUCUAUUAUGGAUCUAUAGAGGACCGCCGCUACCUCAGACAUGACAUCCUCAAUAACGAUGUUGAAUUUAACGUCAUUGUGACCACGUACAACUUGGCCAUAGGAAAUGACAGCGACCGUAGCCUUUUCCGUAAACUGCGUCUGAAGUAUGCUGUGUUUGAUGAAGGUCACAUGCUGAAGAAUAUGAACUCUCUGCGCUACCGCCACCUCAUGGCUAUUAACGCACAGCGCCGCUUGUUGCUGACAGGAACCCCUUUACAGAACAACCUCCUAGAGCUGAUGUCUCUCCUGAACUUCAUCAUGCCCUCUAUGUUCUCCAGCUCCACCACGCAGCUCUCCAAAAUGUUUUCUAUGAAAUCCCAUGAGGAGCAGAGCGUCUUUGAGAGGGAUCGUAUUUCUCAGGCCAAACUCAUCAUGAAACCUUUUAUCCUCCGUCGAGUCAAGAGCGAGGUCCUCAAGCAGCUGCCAGCCAAGGAAGAUAAGGUAGAGUCUUGCUCAAUGAGUGAGAAGCAGCAGGUCCUCUACCAGAACCUCUUUAAGAAACUCAAGGGUUCCACCAAUGGCGAGAAGCGCGAGUUGUGUAACGUGAUGAUGCAGCUCAGGAAGAUGGCCAACCACCCACUGCUUCAUAGACAGUACUACACCACAGAAAAGCUCAAAGCCAUGAGCAAACUCAUGCUCAAGGAGCCAACUCACUUCGAUGCAGAUGCCGCUCUGAUCCAGGAGGACAUGGAAGUGAUGUCAGACUUUGAGCUCCACCGUCUGUGUCAGCAGUACUCCUCCAUCAGCUCCUACCAGCUAGAAACCGACCUCCUGCUCGACUCUGGGAAAUUCCACCACCUCACAAAGCUCCUGGGCUCACUUAAAAACAAGGGUGACAGAGUGGUACUAUUCAGUCAGUUUACCAUGAUGCUGGACAUUGUGGAAGUGCUGCUGAAACAUCUUAAGCAUCGUUAUGUCAGACUGGAUGGAUCCACACCCAUAGCUGACAGGAUUGUGUUGAUUGACGAGUUCAACACGGAUCCUGACAUAUUUGUGUUCCUGUUGUCAACACGUGCCGGCGGCCUCGGCAUCAACCUCACCUCAGCUAAUGUUGUCAUCCUGCAUGACAUCGACUGCAAUCCCUACAAUGACAAACAGGCAGAGGACAGAUGUCACCGUAUGGGCCAGACCAAGACCGUACAGGUGGUUAAGCUGAUCAGUAAGGACAGCAUAGAGGACUGCAUACUGCAGCUGGGCCAGAAGAAACUAAAACUGGAGCAGGACAUGACUGCUGCUGAGCAGGGUGGUGAGGGGACCAUACCUGAAGAUAUGGCAUCUUUGCUCAAAGCUUCACUGGGACUGUGAUACAUAAACGCAUCAAACUAACGAGACUGUACAAAUAUGUUUUUGAUGGCAUUCCUGUGAUUCUGGGCAGACUUGAGUAUUCUGGCUGAACACGCACACUUUUGUGUCUUUACUGGAAAACUACUGAGAACCGUAUGCUGCCAUGAAAAAAAAGUUCUAAUGAUGAGAUCUGACUUUCUGUGUGGCAUGGUAGCUGUGCCUAAAACAUUUUUACAUGCACACAGUUUUUUGUCCUACUUUGAUUACGAGACCAGUAUAUCGAGGCAAAAUGAAUUUGUUUAUUUGCCUUUUCAAAUAUUAUGCACUCCACAUAUUAAACCGAGGGUCUCACGCUAUAAAAAAAACUUGAAAGAAAGUCUUGUUUAAUAGUUCAGACCAAACCAUCAGGAAUGCAGCAUGUGUUGGGAGUAUUAAACAUGUUUGUCUAAACAAAAGUGUUAUCGUAAAUUGACAUAAUCCACGCAGAGUUAUAUUAUUCACUGUCAGAUUAGGGUAUCGUACGCUCAUCUGGAAAGUGGCGCUUACUGGCAGUCUUUGAUGAAUGAAAUAUUCCAAAUUGUAGAAGGCAAGUUGUGCUUACAUACUUGAAGAGGUGGUGCAUGGCGAAUGGAAGAUUUAUUUUACCAUCUUUUUUUCCCAGACAGUGUUGCAUCUUGCCAGUUCUUAUUGAAACAAAUGGUAGUUUAUUGUCUAAACUUUUUUUUUUUUUUGCUGCUGUGAUCCACGGCAGCAUUUACAGCAGGUAGGACAAUGUCGCGAUCCAUGUUGAUUUCCUCUGCUACCAUUUCCGAUCAAACGUUUUUGACAGCUGAGGUCGCUUCAAAAGGUCAGCCAAGUAUCUGUAAAAUUGUGUUCCCUGUCACUGUGAGUGUAAUGUGUUGAUUUUCAUGUUCAUAUUUCUAGUCAGUUUUUCAGCAAAGCCAGACUGAUCUGAGCCCCUCCCUCUUUUUUUUUGACUGAAGAUACAUGGUUGUGUGGGUGUAAGUCAGUGCAUUUAAUACACAAAUAUUCCAGAUUUUCUAGUGUGUAAAACUAGAAAAACAAAAAUAUAAAAAUAGAAUGUCUUUAAUAAAUACGGUGCUUGAAUUGGUUUCUCUUCCUCCCUUAAAUAUCUUAAGCCAAGUGACACAGAGAAGAUGACUUGAGGAAGUAGCUGCUGCAUUCAUGUACUGUAUAAGUGGCCAAUGUGUUGUGAGUGUACAAGUGUUACUGUAAACGCUUUUAUGAAGUCAUUUGUAUGUUUCUAAGGUUCCUGUUUAAACUUAAUAAUAAAAAUUGGAAAGAUA